CAAACACAAAAAGCCAAAAAUUAACAAAAAGGCCCUGCCUAGAUUAACAAAAGGCACAAUUGCACAAAGUUAACAACCAGACUUGAGGAAGACAACCAGAUAUCUCGGGGUCGACUCAUCGGCAUCCAGCAUCUGUCUUCUCGCCUUCCGGCAGACGUCAGCACGGCGGACUGCCACUUCGCCGGUGCCAACACCAAAUCACUGCUCUUCGGUCGUCGCAGCCUACUUGCCUCAUGCUCGUCGCCGGCCUGCACUCGGGCACUCACCCUGCGACGGUCCGGCUAAUCGGACCUUGUCAAUGUUGAAACCUAAGCAAAUUCUGAGAAACCUAAUCAAACUUUGAUAGCUAUACGGAUGGUCAGAAUAGUAUCGGCAGAGAGCCAAGACCGCCAUUGACGAGUAUUUGGUAAUAUUAGUUGAAAAUACGUACACCCUAGGAAAGAACGUCCGAGAGAAUGGAGAGGUUGUGUGAUAUGUGUGGAAAUAUGGGGUUAAAGGACGGCGAUGAUGGAUUCUUUUAUUGCACCCUGUGUGGCACUCGUGCAGAUGAUGUCAUGGAUACUGCGGUUGAAGAAGCUGACACCGGAUUUGAGGGUGGGAUCUAUUCCGCGUCUCAAACACGGGCUCGUCCUAGACAAGUGGUAAGUCAGCCAACAUCUCAAUUCACGGAUUCACAGUGCCAAUAUCUAGAGAAUGAUUGCAUGGUCAAUGGUGUUGUCCCUACUGACCCUAUAAAUGACAUUGGUUCCUUGCCUGAUACUUUCACUUCUCCAGACUCCUAUUAUUCAAAAAUCAGGUUGAAGUAUAUUAUGGGUGUUCAAAUCAUGAUCCAGUUGCAGUGUAAGGCGUUGGUGGAGAAAUUUAACGUCAGCCCUUUAAUUAUUGGACUCAUUAGACCUAUUUGGCUGAGAUAUGUCGCUCAUGAAAGGAUAAUGGCUGAUGAUUGGGGAGACAAGGUUAUUAAUGAAUCAGAAUCCCAACCUGGGGAACUUGGCGAGUUCAAGAUUCACGGUAGGGGCAAAGGAGAACCUCACAACCUUCUUGGUAAACGGUUAAUACCAUUGUGGUAUGAAUCUCUGAGAAGUAAGAUCCCAUUAUCUAGUUCUCUGGCCAUAUCAUAUCUUGUUUGUCAUUUAGCUAGGGAGGCUAUCCUGCCAACGGACAUUGUGAAUUGGGUGCUUGAAGGAAAACUUCCAUAUUUUGCUGCUUUUGUUGAAAUUGAGAAGCAACUUGGACCUCCGUCAAGGGAAUGUCCAUUGAGUUCUAGUCGUAUGUUCCGACCUAUCGAGGCUAUCUCCACACACAAGUUAGAAUCAUUUGCUGCUUUAAUUGCCCGGAGAAUAGGUUUAGAACUACCGCCUGUGAAUUUCUAUGCUCUAGCUUCCCGUUUUCUUACAGAGUUAUCUCUUCCAGUUGAAAAUAUUCUUCCUCAUGCAUGUCGUGUACAUGAUUGGUCUAUGCCUCCACAGCUUUACUUAUCUGAUAAUGAAUGCAGCCUUCCAUCUCGCGUUUAUGUUAUGUCUAUACUUAUCGUAACAAUGAGAAUUAUAUAUGACAUAAAUGGCGGGAAAUGGGAAAUGAUGUUAUCUGGACCCAAUGAUCAAUCCGUGGAUGAAAAGAGUGAUUUAGCUGAGGAGGAAGUCAAAUUUGAUGGUUCCAAGCUGAUUCAGAUUCUUGAAACAAAAUAUUCGGAGCACAAGAAUGUUCAUGAUUAUGCACUAGAUCUGCCUACAUAUCUUCAACACUGUAAAGAUGUGGUUUUUGCUGGAUUAAAUUCAUCAUUGGAGGACCAUGAAGAAGAAAGUCUAAUAGAUGAACUAUGGGACCUCUAUGAAACGAGUAAGGAUGCUGAACCAUCAGAUGGCCAUAAAAAGAGUGAGGAGGUCAAAGAGAGUGGAGGCGAUCUCAGCACAACAGUUAAUCGUCUGAAGUGUCCAUCGGAUGAUUCUGAAUCACCAGUACAUGCAAGUUCUAAGAAGUCAUAUAAGGAUCGGGCGGUACGACAAAUGAAAUCAAAUAUGGAGGAAAAUCGGUUUUCAUAUCUUCCACCCAUUAAAUCCACCUUGAAGAACCAUGGUUACAUUCGAUAUGCUAGAAAGAAAGAUGGUGCCUUGAUAUAUGCUGUCCAUGCUGAUUAUUAUAUCAUACUUCGCUCAUGUGCACAAAUUGCACAGAUAGAUACGAGGACCUUGCAUAUGGGUGUUUUGACCUUUCAGAGGUGGCUGGAACAGAUGGAAAAGAAAAUUGAUAUUUGUUUGCGUUGGGACCUCCCCGGGGACUCUUGUGAUGUUUGUUGCGAUUCAGUUUCAAGAUGAAAAUCAAACCCCUCAGUGGAAUGGUAGGAGUUUGAUGAUGUUCAGUCCUAAAAGUGUUGGUUUAUAUGUUGCUAACAGAAGGAUAUAAAGUAUGGUAAAGCUGUUAUCAACAAGGGAAAAUAAAACACAGACAUCAUGUUGUGGAAUGAGGUUGCUGGAUCGUGCGAGGGGCAAGGUGGUCAACUCCCAAGGGGGAUAUUUUUUCCCCCUAGGCCCACAAUAAAAAAUUCUGAGCUAAACAAGUUCUCUCCCUAUCUAUCUUAUCAUACAAGCAUGAAUGUUGGGUAUGCAAUUUUGUGUCAGAGUUUAAACCAUACUUAGUUUAUAGGGUAUUAGCAAGCUGAAGCAUGAUAAUAAUUGAAAAAAUAUCCCAGUAGUUAAACCUCCCAUAUUAGUCUAGCUAAGAUGGACUUGGUUUGUCUUGAAUUCCAGAUUUGAAAUCUUUUGAAUGAUAGCAAGCUUCUAUUAUGUGGUUUCUCUGAAUUUGAAUAUCGUAAAUUAACUUCUAAAGGUAGUAAAUGUAGCCUCCAAUUAGUGUAUCUGAUACAAAAGGAGUUUAGCUUGGUUCAUGUAUUUUGACUUUUAAUAUACAAUAUCUU